GGACCGUAUCCAACCUGUAUCCGUGGACGGUGCGGAGACGGGCUCGCGCAACCCGGUAUCGCUCGGACACGUUUUGUGGUUAUCGCGAUUGACAAGGGACGUCGGGCGGCCGCGUUGCAUGACUCGGAGUUAACGACACGCAAACAUGGGUGGGUUGCUCAGCUACUUUCGUAACCUGCUCGGCAGCCGCGAGAUGCGCAUCCUGAUCCUGGGCCUGGACGGCGCCGGCAAGACCACGAUUCUGUACAGGUUGCAGGUGGGCGAAGUGGUAACCACAAUACCGACAAUAGGGUUCAACGUAGAACAAGUCACUUACAAAAAUUUAAAAUUCCAAGUUUGGGAUCUCGGUGGUCAGACGAGUAUACGGCCAUAUUGGAGGUGUUACUACUCAAACACAGAUGCGAUAAUUUAUGUCGUGGACUCCGCGGACAGAGAUAGGAUAGGCAUAUCAAAGGACGAAUUGAUCCUCAUGUUGCAAGAAGAAGAAUUACAGGGCGCCAUCCUAGUAGUACUGGCGAACAAGCAGGACAUGGCAGGGUGCCUGAGCGUCGCGGAAGUCCACCAGGCUCUCGGAUUAGACGCCCUGAAAAACAGAACCUUCCAGAUAUUCAAGACUUCCGCGACGAAGGGCGAGGGGCUCGACCAAGCGAUGGACUGGUUGUCAAACGCGCUGCAGAGUAAAAAAUGAUCGACGUUCAGUUGGGGUUAUUCGUAUUCGAGCCUUACAAAGGGGACUAGUCGCACGACUGUCACUCUGAAUGUGCCACCGGCUUGCCGCCGGGCACGAUGUUCUGUUUAUUUAUUGUAAUUAUUGUAUUUUAAACAUCUUUUGCAACUCGCAGUAAGAGCAUUCGAGGAAUCACUUGUACUUUUUCAUAACACGGAAUACGCGUGAUAACGAUAUACGAUCGUUUUAUCUUUCUAUACAAUUUAAAACGAAGCUUUAGAGAAAAUUCUUUCACGUUAGACCUUUCGAACCAAUAGGCAUCUCGUAUAUCACGUGUGAACAACGAGUCCGUUACUUUAGUAAUCGCGUUAAAGUAAUCGUCCUGCUAUUUAUUCAAGCUUGAUCGUAACGGAAUUCGAUGUGAAAUUCUAAUUCUUAUUUAUGACACAUGUAUAUUGGCACUAAAUAUGCAACCGAAUUAUCACACGAAAUAGAAUCAGAAAAAAAUUCUCUCGGAAAAGAAGUUCGAACUCGUGAGACAAGGGUACUUCGCACUCACAUCUAUGUCUAGUGCAACGGCAAGGAUUUCAAGAUCACCGAUGUAUCUCAACUCGUGAAAUGCGUUUCCAUGCACGAUAGUACCAUAGAGAUCGAAACUCGGAGUACGAACACGGGACACAAACGCAACAUCCUACUAGCAUUUAUAAAAAUUGUUACGCUACCUACUAAAUGAAACACGAAGUUAAUGCUGCCGCGAAGGGGUCGCGUUAGUGUUAGAGACGAUACUAUCUCCGAUCUAGCGUAAGUUCCAUUCUUCGAGUCACAUUCUGUAGUCCUACUUAAUCGAGAUAAUUUAUUUGAUCGGUCUCACAGCGAACAUACCAAAUAGAUCGUCGAUCAGUUGUAGCAUUUUCCAACGCACGUUACGUUACAUUUACUUUACUGAGCAGCAUAAUAAAUUUUGGUAAUUCAUAACUGAUGUACUGAGAAAUAUAGUAUAUAUAUAUAUAUACAUAUUGUUUCGUAAUAAAUAUUUAAAACAUUGAUACUA